GAUUGUUUUUAUUUGAUUAUGAAAUAUAGCAUACCUAUGUAAGGUAAGAAAAUAUGUAUGUUUGCAGAGCACUGUAAAACAGUAAAAUGAAUUUUAGUACACCCUUCUCCAGAACAAAAACUAGAAUCCUUCUAUAUCCUCAAAUCCAUCUUUCUUGGCAUUCUCCUUCUCUGUGUGUGUCUCUGACUCUCCAUAGCCUUGAAAGGUCUAGGUCACUACAAUUAAUUUUUUUAUUCAGCAAAUAUUUAUGAACCUGCUAUGAGUCAUUAUUGUGGUUAACAUUCGGGGCUCAAAAACCGGUGGUGUGAGAUAUUAAUCCUGAGAGAGAAAAGUGGAAGAGACUAAGCAGCCAUGCCUAACUGACCCUUGAUGCUAUGGUUUGCAUGUUUGUUCCUUUUAAAAAUCAUCUGGAAACUUCCUUCCCAUUAUAAAAAAUAUUAAGAAAUGAGCCUGGGAUACGAUUCAAUGGGAGAGUUUUUGCCUAGUAUAUACUAGGUCCUGGGCUCAGUUCCCAGGGUAAAGAGUGGGAGGAAAGACUGAGACAGUUGUAGGAUUGGUGCUGUUCUCAAGGUGAGUUGGCCUCCUUAGCUUUCCUGCCCUUUUGUCUUCUGUUGGAGGUGAUGCAGAAAGGAGACUCUUGGUCUUAGACUGCCCAGUCUGCAGAGCAGUGAAGGAAUGCGUUCUCAUAAAUUACCAGGUCUCAUAGCAACAGCAACAAUGAAAAACAGACCAUGGACAAAUACAGAUUUUCUGUGACAAAUACAACAGAUACUAGCAGCAGGGAAGUAUAGGGAGACCAAGGAAAUGCAAGGCAUUUAUUGAAUGGUAUAGUUUGGCCUUGCCAGUGCCUUUCCUCUGGGACUAGAGAGAGACAAAGCACUGAGGUAGAUGGAAAGGAGAUGAGUUGCAUAAUUUCUUUUGUUUUUGAGCUUAGGAAAGGAUAUGAUAGGUUUUAAAUCAACCUCAGUCUCUCUCUCUCUCUCUCUCUUUCUCUCUCUCUCUCUCUCUCUCUGUAUAUGUGUCUUUCUCUGCAUCUCUCAGUCUUUCUGUGCCUCUGCCUUCCUCUGUAUCUCUGUAUAUAUCUCUGUCUCUCUGUGCCUCUGUCUGUGUCUCUCUGACUGUCUCUCUGUCUUUCUCUCUCUCUUCACUUUGUAGCCCUGGCUGUCCUGGAGCUCACUAUGUAGAGUAGGCUGGCCCCAAAUUCGUGGAGAUCCAUCUGCUUCCAGAGCAUUGGUAUUGCUGGCCACCACUAAUAUCUUUAUUCAGUUCUAGGUAACAUACUGCAGAGUCCCAUCCUGCAUGGAUCCAAGGGCCUUUGCGACAAGACUGUACAAAGCAGGAGAUUUUGUUAUUUGAGUAAUUAAUUUAUGUUGGAGUAUAGACCAGCCCAGAUCCUAGCUGUUAUGCUGUGGAAUGCAGUGUAAAUGAGAUGCUAGCAGGUUUAGGAUUUUCCUGACAAGCCAUCAGACUUCAUCUGGAAUAGCUUAAUCAAACAGUUAUGUUUACCUUGUCUUCUCUUCACCAACCUUCUUUCCUCUUGUUUCCUGGGGUUUCAUGUUGCCGAGGCUUCCUUGACAAACAGUCCUCAACUUCCAAUGAGCUUGGGCUACAGUUGCUCGAGCCCGUGUGUCACCAGCUCUUUGAGUUCUACCGCAGCGGGGAGGAGCAGCUGCUGCGGUUCACUUUGCAGUUCCUCCCGGAGCUCAUGUGGUGCUACCUCGCCGUGUCGGCCAGCAGAAGCGUGCACAGCAGUGGCUGCGUCGAGGCCCUUCUUCUAGGGGUCUACAACCUGGAAAUAGUUGACAAACAGGGACAUAGUAAAGUAUUGAGUUUUACAAUUCCAUCUUUAUCCAAACCAUCUGUAUAUCAUGAACCUUCCAGCAUUGGGUCUAUGGCUCUGACUGAGAGUGCGCUGUCCCAGCAUGGCUUAUCCAGAGUUGUGUACAGUGGGCCCCAUCCUCAAAGGGAGAUGCUGACAGCACAGAACAGGUUUGAAGUAUUGACAUUCCUUUUGUUGUGUUAUAAUGCUGCCUUAACCUAUAUGCCCAGUGUUUCUCUUCAAUCACUGUGUCAGAUUUGUUCAAGAGUCUGUGUCUGUGGAUACCCCCGACAACAUGUAAGGAAAUACAAAGGCCUAAGCAGCAGGAUACCGAUUUCAUCUGGCUUCAUGGUGCAGAUGCUCACAGGAGUCUACUUUGCCCUAUAUAAUGGAGAAUGGGAUCUAGCUCAGAAAGCAUUGGAUGAUAUUAUCUACAGAGCCCAGCUAGAGCUAUAUCCAGAACCACUUCUGGUUGCUAAUGCAAUAAAGGCUUCAUUGUCUCAUGGUGCCAUGAAAUCUAGUAAGGAAGGCACAAGGUGUAUUCAAGUUGAAGUCACACCAACUUCCUCUAGAAUAUCAAGAAAUGCAGUUACCAGCAUGUCAAUAAGAGGUCACAGGUGGAAAAGACAUGGAGAUACAGAAUUAACAGGUCAAGAAGAACUGAUGGAGAUAACUGAAGUUGACGAGGGAUUUUAUUCCAGGGCUGCGUCUAGCACCAGCCAGUCUGGUCUAUCAAACAGUAGUCACAAUCGUAGUAACAAGACAAGUGUAGGAAAGAGCCAGAGACGGUCGGGAGGAAGCAAAGCUGGAGCGAAAGAGAGAGAAACUGCAGGGGAAUCUUGCAGAGAUCACUUUGCUCGAAAACAAACCCAGAGAGCCCAGAGCGAGAACCUUGAGCUUCUCUCUCUGAAGAGACUGACCUUAACCUCCAGCCAGUCCCUGCCCAAGCCCAGCAGCCAAGGCUUGGCUAAGACUGCAGCCACUGUGUUUAGUAAAUCCUUUGAACAGGUCAGCGGUGCCCCAGUCCCACGCAGCCCCUCGCCUGCCGUGGGCUAUGUUGCUGGGGCAGAUGCCCAUAGAUUUUCUGCUUGUAGUCUCCAAGAAGAAAAGCUUAUUUACGUGUCAGAGAGGACUGAACUUCCAGUGAAGUAUCAAGCAGGUCAGCAGGGACCUCCUAGUAUUAGCAUCACUUUGUCUGCAGAUUAACGUGUAACUUAUUUUUCUCCUGUAAUCGUGAAGCUGGAAAGAUGACUUUGCUCUCUUAUGAAAGUACCGAGUCCUUCAUGCCUGGUCCUGGCGGAAGCCUGGCGUCUUGAGUUCUGAAGGCUCCUUUGGCUAUGAAGGGAAUAAUGUCUAGUUUGCAGUAAGCUGAGCUAUGGUCUUGUUAUUUCUUGGGUACCCUUGUCCCCUUGGUUUAAGUUCUUUAUUCUUUUAUUCCUCUUUUCCUGUUACUUGUUAUUAUUGCUCUAAGGUUGUCAGUGUGAUAAUAAAUUUUUGCCAGUUAUCUGAGUUGCUUACAUUCUCAGUGAGGUUGUUUUUAGUGCCUGUAUUUUAGUGGUUGUGUAUUUUCCCUGAGAAGUCAAAGAGAGUAUGUGUGAAAGGACUGGGCGGUGGAGCCCGGAUACAGGAGCAAGUCCAUGGAGGCACGCCGAUUAAACAGGCUUGUGAGAACCAGAAGCCGUGAGAGCAAUGAGGACACGAAGUGCCCGGUGACAGCGCUGUGACCACGUCAUCCUUAAGAUGGGGAGAGUUUGCGCACACAUUGCAAGUUGCCUGGCAAGACAGCUGCAAGGGGGAGUUGGGAGAAUUUCUUUCUAUUGCAGUUCUUAGAACAUUAAACAACAAAACUGAGGUUGUUGGUAGAUGACAUUUUGAAGUGUUUGAUCUGGAUUCUAUGGGUGAAAGUCCCUUUGGGUUUCUAAAGUGCAGCCAGCCAUAGAGGUGAUGCACUGUGCUGGUCAACUUUGGAAAUCCCAGUUAGUUUGUAUUUUAGCCUUCAGAGCACACAUCACAGAAGAUUUCCUGGAAACCACUGUAUAUUUUACAACACAGCUCCCAAGACACCAGCAUCAAGUAUUUAAUAGUGAAUUGUCUGUGAGUGAAGGAAACUAGAUUCGUUUUUCAUCUACAAAAUGUGAUGAAAGGAAAUAAAAGAUAGUGAAUGUGGACAAAGGACUUUUGUGCAUUAACUUAGGGUUGCUUGUGUUCAUUCUUAAAUUUAACUUAAGAAAAAAAGAGUGUACUUCUUGUUUGUGAGCUUUAAGAGUUCUUGUUAUGAUGUAGAAAGAAUAGUUCAGUUAUAUACCCACUCCUGCCAAUCAAACACUUAAACUAAGGUGUAAGGCAGAAGCUAAACUCUGUGGUGUCUAGAUGGACUCACAGGCUCGGGGCCUGUGGUCUGCUUGGUCACUGAAGCCCCUGUGAAAGCAGUGUGCUCAGCUAGUGAUUGGGAGUGAGAGAAAGCAGGUCAGUGGGAGGCCUGGCAGGCUGUCCACUUCUUGGCCUCAUUGACCCUUAGCACACGAAGGCCUCCUUAUUCAUGGCCUCUCGCUGUGCUCACGAGAACAUGCCUGUGCUCCCCUCUUGAACCUGCAUGGGCCCAGCUCAUAUAGAUGACAAAACGCCAUGUGCUGUAGAGUACAAAGCAUUUACACUUGAGAUACAGUUUUAAAUGUUUACCUACUAGUGUAAGCCUGUUUUUCCAAGGUCUGUGCUUUUAGCAUAAAUUUGAGUUUCAGUAACAAAAUGAACUGCUGGCUUCAAUUGUCCUCAAAUUUUAAGAUAACUAGACAAUAAACUUGACAUUGGAAUAAUUUAAUAGUAACCUAGUGUACAGUUGAAAAUGUUUGUAAAAUGUCACUGUGAAUUUCUUGUUCUUUCUGUAAUUCUUUAAGAACUUUUCUUAAACACUUUCUUAAAUACUAGCAGUAUUGAUAUUAAGAAAAAAUUUAAAAGAUUGUCAUUAGGCAAGUUGGCUUGCUUAAGCAUGGAGUAAGUUUAAAGAAAUAUUAGCUGCAGUAAAUGAGAGAUCAGGAUAAUGUUCAGCUACUAUAUUGAAACCUCAUUUUGAUAGUGUUAUAGACAUUUGCUACUCAUGUGAUCCAAAGACCAUUGGUGUCACCUGGUAUCUUAAUAAAACUUUAAAAUUUCAGGGGCAGACCUAGCAAAUCAAAACUGGGAUUUUAGCAAGGUCCCCAUGUUUGUAUGCAUUCAUCUUUGUGAAGACUGUUGCAGAGUGCUAAUUACUUGUCUAAUGUGUAGGAUUCUCAAUGGUCUCACUGCCCUCAAACACAAAUACUAGAUCGUCAUAAUCACUGUAGUUUUUGACAGCUAUUUAACUUUUUAAUGACAUUGACUUCUUAUACUCUCAGCUUAAAUGUCUAGUUCUCACUUAUUUCUGUAAUAAAAAUGUAGCAUCAUCUCCUCUUGUUGGUCAUAAACGAAACCAGAGCUGCAGACGCUGCAGGUUUUAAAUAUGAAAGGCCCUCCCCUUUGUUCUUGAACUGUUACCUGAUAUACAGCACAUUUGCAUGUGUCGUUCUCUUUUACAAAAUCUGUAACAGUUUAACUCAGUGGAGUGAGUCUGAAGUUUUGCUCCAAAUGACUUAAACCAAUUGAUUUUCUGGAGUAUGGAGUUAUGGUAACAAUAAAAUUCUUUUUAUACUACUUUUGAUACUAUUUCAAAUAAGGAUUGUGCACAUUGAAGUCUUUUUAUAAAAGUUGUAGAAGUUGGAUGAUUUUAACUGUGGCAACAAUUGUUGUACUCACUACUUUUCCCUGCUCAAAAUCUUUCAAGUGUGGUAAGUGUGGCUUUGUGGGUCACUUUCCUAUAAAGAUGUUGCCAAGAGAAUUCCCACAAAACUAGGGUCUGUCACCCCCAUACUUCAGAAGAUCUAGAUGAGGGUUCAUGAAUUAACUCAGCCCUUUCUUAAAGCCCUGCUCCCUUGCACCCCUGUGAAGCUGUGCGGAGGACAAGCCUUUGAAAUCCAAGUCAAGAGAGAAGCAGAGUAGACUUCUCAAGGGUCCUGCUGCCCUUCCUCUUCUGGGAGCCUCAGGAAAGCACUUUGGAGCUGCAGGGACACUGCCUGAACUCUUGAAUUCCAUCCCUGUAGCACUGAGGAGCAGGAGUUCCUGAAAGACUCAUUUGUUUUGAAAACGCAGCAUCUUGUUGCCCUUUCCAUUGUAAAGCAAUGACUCUGCAGAUAUUACUCAGUUGUAAAAAGAUGAAUUAAAGGGAAAUAUGUCUUUAAAUCAAAAUAGAUGAAAAUAAUCCCAAUUUAAAGGGAUUUUUGCCUAUUUUGAGAAGUCAUAACUAAAAUGUUGAGUGGUAAAUUAUGGAGGGAAAUAUUUACUCUCAAACAUGAUUUUAAGCUAAGAGUUAAAGUAAAAUAAGGCAGCUUAAUGUUUAAGUCUAUAGGCCCAUUAAACCUCCAUAAAGGAACGUACAUUAAGGGAGCAUAUGGUAACUGGAAAUAUUUUUAAAAAGCAAAAUGUUAGAUACAACGGCAUUGUAGAUAGAAAUGAGUGUACAAUAGUGUCUUCCCGGUGUCUGGGUGAAAGGCUGAAACUCUGCACAAGCUUACACUUACAGGUUUGCUGCCGAGCGCUGCCACAGAGGGUAAAGAUGUGUCUUUCACACUGCCCGAGUCUUCACCGGAGCACACCAGUGUGCUUCCUCUGUACUUUGUAUCGUGCACAUAUCCAAAAGGACUAAGAGUGAACAAUUUGAAGAUGUUGCUGUGUUGUCCUUGGAAUGCUAGUGGCAUGGUUCUCAGUUGUGAUGUUCCUGUCCCUUUUCCUGUCCCUUUCUCUUGCUGGAACUAACUGUGUGCCUCUGACCAUUCCUUCUGAUCAUGUGGGACUGCUAACCUCUUCUCACUGACCUACUUGUUUCUCGUUGUAUCCCUAAGGUUUACAUUCCUAAGAAUAAACUUUGGAUAUUUUUAUGUGCUCUUUAUGUGUUUGAGGUAUGAAAUAAACUGGAGUUGAGUUUUUGGAAGUUUUGUACAUUUGUAUAAACGUUCUCCAUAGGCAGUACUUUAUACAUCAAGUGUUUCCUCUUGUUUUGUUGAAAUAAAAACUAAAUUUAA